GAAGGAAAAAGAAGUAGGGCAUCAGAAGUCCCGAAGGCUUUGAGCUACAAUUUUUUGCAUAAUCAGGAAAGAAAAUGAGAAGUUGGAGCGAGCGAGCGAGAGAGAGAAUGCUGUAAUUAAAUUAGUGUAUAAAGAAAAGGAGGAGGAGAACAUGUAAAUACAGGGAUGUCAGCUCUGUCGGAUCAGAACCAAUGGCACCGUCGGACUGAGAACAGACCCGCUUGAAGUCUGUCACAGGCGUUUUAUUCCUCAACGCUUUUGGUGAACGCGCAAAAGCGCACGCGCGCACAGAAACUCGGCUGGUGUCAAUGCGGAGGGCGUCCCUUUGAAAGAGUAAAGACAUGGGGGGGGGGGGUGAAGAGAGAGGGAGCCACGAAUAAAGAGGGAGAGAGAGCGCGAGACGCGCACACAAGUUGCUCCUGCGCCGCUUCCAUGAGCAGAUCGUUUUCAGCCAGAGUCGACGCGGAGUGAAGGAAGAUGCUUUUUCUUCAGGCCAUGUUGAAGAGACGGCUGCUGCUAAAAGAUGAUGGACCCUAUGGGAAAACCAAGGACAUCUCUGGACCUGAACACACCCUGGCCUCUAGGAGACACAGUAUACCAGAAGCUCUGCGGGGGGUGACCAUGGUGGAGCUGGUGAAAAAGGAGGGCAGCACGCUGGGCCUCACCAUCUCAGGAGGAACCGACAAGGACGGCAAGCCGCGGGUUUCGAACCUGCGCCCCGGAGGACUGGCAGCAAGGAGCGACCAGCUCAACGUCGGCGACUACAUCAAGUCCGUCAACGGCAUCAACUUGACCAAGCUGCGGCACGAAGAGAUCAUCAGCUUAUUAAAGAACGUGGGGGAGCGAGUUCUGCUGGAGGUUGAGUACGAGCUUCCGCCCACAGCACCAGACAGCACCUCAGGGGUCAUAUCCAAGACAAUCGACAUCUGUUUGCACAAGGAGGGGAGCAGCUUCGGCUUCGUCAUGAGAGGAGGGACCCACGAGGACUGGCACAAGGCGCGGCCUCUGGUGGUGACCUACGUCAGGCCGGGAGGUCCAGCCGACAGAGAGGGCACGCUGCGCCCCGGCGACCGCCUCCUCAGCGUGGACGGCGUUCCGCUGCACAGCGCCGCCCACAGCGACGCCCUGAGCGUGUUGGCGCAGUGCGGCCAAGAAGCCCUGUUCCAGAUCGAGUACGACGUCACCAUCAUGGACACGUUGGCCAACGCCUCCGGUCCCCUAUUAGUGGAAAUCGCCAAGUCCCCGGGAGCAACGCUGGGCAUCACGCUGACGUCGGCCAGUCAUCGAAAUAAGCAGGUCAUCGUCAUCGACCGGGUGAAACCUGGCAGCGUGGUGGACAGAUGUGGAGCGCUGCACGGCGGCGACCACCUGCUGUCCAUAGACGGCACCUCCACUGAACACUGCACGGUCCUGGAGGCCACGCAGCUGCUGGCCAGCACCACGGACCCGGUGAAGCUGGAAAUCCUGCCGUCGCAUCAAACCAGGCUGACGGGGAAGCAGCACGACACAGUGAAGGUGCAGAAGUCGGACCACCCACACUCCUGGGACCCCUGUGUCAACUAUUGUCACCCCCCAAAUUCCACCCUCAGCAACACAAACGCCACCCACAACAAGUCGUGGACGGCCUCCAACAACAACACCAUCAACAGCCUGGACUAUUGCAAGUCUCUGGUCUCUGCCAGCUUCUCUCCCGGCUCCACCACCACAUCGGGCCCCAGCAGCCAGAGCUCCAGCACCCUGCCCCGACCCACCGUCCCCAUGAGCCCACGAAACUCCCUGCUCAAACGGCGCCAGAGGAAGAAAGAGCACAAGAGCUCGUUGUCUCUGGCCUCCAGCUCCGUGGGUCCGGGGGGGCAGGUGGUCCACGUGGAGACCAGCGAGGUGGUCCUGACCGGCGACCCGCUCAACGGCUUCGGCGUCCAGCUGCAGGGCGGGAUCUUCGCCACGGAGACGCUGUCUGCGCCGCCGCUGAUCCGCUUCAUAGAACCGGACAGCUCUGCAGAGAGGUGUGGCCUGCUGCAGGUGGGGGACCGCCUCCUGUCAAUCAACGGGAUCCCCACGGAGGACGGGACCCUGGAGGAAGCCAAUCAGCUGCUGCGAGACGCGGCCCUGACCAACAAGGUCACGCUGGAGAUCGAGUUUGACGUGGCAGAGUCAGUGGUGCCCAGCAGCGGUACCUUCCACGUAAAACUGCCAAAGAAGAGAGGGGUGGAGCUGGGGCUCACCAUCAGCGCCAGUAAGAAGUCGGGAGAGCCUCUCAUCAUUUCUGACAUCAAGAAGGGCAGCAUGGCCCACAGAACGGGAACGCUGGAACCUGGCGAUAAGCUGCUGGCCAUCGAUAACAUCAGACUGGAGAACUGCUCCAGAGAAGACGCAGAGCAGAUCCUGCAGCAGUGUGAGGAGCUGGUCAAACUGAAGAUACGCAAAGAUGAAGACAACUCGGACGAACCCGAGACGUCAGGCAGCAUCAUCUACACGGUGGAGCUGAAGCGCUACGGAGGCCCCCUCGGUAUCACCAUCUCAGGCACCGAGGAGCCUUUUGAUCCCAUCACUAUAUCUGGCCUCACCAAACGAGGUUUGGCUGAGAGGACAGGGGCCAUUCACGUGGGUGAUCGCAUCCUGGCCAUCAACAGCGUCAGCCUCAAAGGCAAACCUCUGAGUGAAGCCAUUCACCUGCUGCAAAUGGCCGGAGAGACGGUCACGCUGAAGAUCAAGAAGCAGCUCAGCAACCUGGAGGAGCGGAAGGCGACCGAGGCGGAGGACACAACGGAGAACGAGCUGAGUGACGCGGAGGAGGACGAUCUGACGGACAGUCAGCAGACCAACAAGCUGUCAGAGCUCUACUCCACCACCAUCCCCAGCGUGGACUCAGCCAUGGAGUCGUGGGACGGCUCAGGGCUGGACGCCGGCUACUGCAGCCAGGGCACCUACAGCCACCAGGCGGCCGGCGUCGCCCUCCUCCCACACGAGUGGCGCAGCAGGAAGCAGCAGCAGCAGCAGCAGCAGCGCGGCGCCACCCCCCCACCAGGUCGCAGGAAGAACUACCCGUUCAGCGACGGGGGCUUCAGCGAGGACGACUGGGACAAGCCGCCCGGAUUCAUCGACCAACAGCACGACGGGAUUCUUCUGGAUCCGGACGACAGCUUUUGGUGUCAGGCGCUCGAAGACCUUGAGACCUGUGGUCAGUCGGAGCUGCUCAGAGAGAUAGAGGCGUCCAUCAUGACGGGCUCCGCCCUCAGUCUGGGCGUGGACGGGCUCAACAAGCCUCCAGCAGAGCCUCCACUCGGUCACAGCAGGAUGAGCCCCUUACGGAGGAACUCCCUGCUGCACCAGGGCGCUCACCUCCACGAGGAGGCCCAGCUGCACCAAGACCCUCACCUGCUGCAGACGUCCCUCCUGCACCCCGACAACCACUCGCCGCUCAUGCAUCACGACCCCAAGCUCAAGGCCUCGCUGAGGGUGUCAGAGAGGACGUGGGAGUCGCGCCGCAUCAAGGAGGAGAUGCAGGGGAUCCUGUCCCCGACGCCGCUGGAGCUGCACAAGGUAACUGUGAUAAAGGACCCAGAGAGCGAUGACUUUGGCUUCAGCGUCUCAGACGGCUUCUUGGAAAAAGGAGUCUACGUCAACAUGAUCAGAGCCGAGGGGCCGGCGGAUCGGGCCGGGCUCAGACCUUACGACAGGAUCCUGCAGGUGAACCACGUGAGGACGCGGGACUUCGACUGCUGCCUGGCGGUGCCUCUGAUCACCGAGGCCGGAGACCGGCUGGAGCUGGUCAUCAGCCGCAACCCGCUGGGCGACGACGGCCCCGAGGACCACAACAACGCGCUGGACCACCCCCUGGACCUGUGACGGGCCUCCGCUCAGGCUCCGGACCUCUGGACCAACGCGCUCUCCACCAGCCGCCCGCAAUAAUUCCCACAGGAAACGCAGGAACUGCUGGCUCCACCGCCGCCGGUCCAACAAGCAGAAAACAAAUGAAUCCAAACCUGUCGUCGAGCCGCAGGUUUAUGGACGUUUCCACCGGCACCAGAAGAAUCUGCCUUAUUACACAAUGUUGUCGCUUUAGGGACAAACUCCAUUUGUUUUAAGCCUGUCAGACUGAGGUCUGUGCACAGGUCCACAUUUGGCUUCGUCCCAGCUGUUACACAGUCAGACCACCGGUUCCUGGUGGACGUGACGCAACAUGAAGAGAAUCUGCGUCGCCACGACGACGUCGAGAUGGUGACAUCACAACUGCCAAACUUCAGCUUUCGGUUUGUUUUUAAACCUUGAGACGACGGACGAGCUGCUAAACGCGGGUCCACUCCACUUAGCGCUUUCUGCAACACAUCUGGGCAGCUGUGCUCUGGAGGUGCCCCGGACAAAACUGUGUUUCCAAGAGAAGAACGUGUUCCUGCUGAGACGUUUGUGACCCUUUUCUACGCAUUUAUUUCCAAACCAACGAGUCGCAUGAGUCGAUGUGUGGCUGCAGUGGACGAGCACCGAGAUCGUCCUUGUGCACGUUACGAACCUAGAACACAGGCCGUAAACAUGCAGUGUAGCAUUUAGAGGAAAACCGGAGAAGAAUGCUGUUCAACAUUAAACCAAGCAGACGAAAAUAGAAGAAUGAAACCAAACGCAUUUAAUAUUGGCUCCAAUUGUGACCUUCAGCUGCAGAAGAUAAAAGCACGUGCUUUUGCUCGUGAUGCUACACGUUUCUGCCUCUGAGGCAAAGCAAGGCACUGAACAAUAGGUGCCACAUCUCAAUCCACACCAGCCUCGUUCAUACAGGAUGUUUAAAAUGCUACGCGAUGCCUUCAAGUGAUGCUGGGAGGUCGCAGUCGCUCGGUCAGGAGACGCGGCGCCUCUGCAGCACACUGCAAAGUCGUGCAACGGAGGAAAUGAAAGUCUGAAGUAGCGACGGGACGAGAUCAGAUAAGGACACGGAACAAUGCAGUCACAUGACAGCAGAGAAAACAGGGGCCGAGAGGAGCGAGUGCGAGGCACAGAACGGCCUUUGUCCUCGCGCACGAGGACCGAGGGCGACCCCUCCCCUCGCGUCCAGAUGCCGCCCACAGAGCGUCCGUGUUGCUGCAGUCGCUGAGUGAGGCUGAACUGGUGUGUUUGGCCUGAACACGGUGGCUUCAGAUGCAGUCUGUCGGUCCCGUGUAGCGUUCAAUUUCAGCUGGAGUGAAAAACGGAGGUUUUCAGAUAAAAAGACGCGUGACAAAUAAUACAUUAUAUAAGGUGCAGUUCAUAGUAAUGAAAACAAGUCUAAUGAUCUGUCUGCAGAGAGACGACAUCAAAGCGUGUGGUGAUGCAAAGAUCAAGGGAACGGCGCCACCGUUCCCAAAGCUUUGAGCGUGAGUGGGAGCCGCAGUGAGCGAAGAGGAAGGUUCAGAACCAGAACCGCUGGACACAGUUAGCAACGGUAGAGCAUCUAGAACCAGAACCAGAACCGCUGAGUAACGACAAUGCAAGAGCAGUUAGCAACAGUGGAGCAUCCAGAACCAGAACCACUGAGUAGCGACGAUGCAGGACACAGUUAGCGACAGUAGAGCAUCCAGAACCAGAACCACUAGCUAAUGAUGAUGCAGGACACAGUUAGCGACGGUGGAGCAUCCAGAACCAGAACCACUGAGUAACGACAAUGCAAGAGCAAUUAGCAACAGUGGAGCAUCUAGAACCAGAACCGCUGAGUAACGAUGAUGCAAGAGCAGUUAGCAACAGUGGAGCAUCAGAACCAGAACCAGAACCGCUGAGUAACGAUGAUGCAGGACACAGUUAGUGACAGUAGAGCAUCAGAACCAGAACCACUGAGUAGCGACGAUGUAGGACACAGUUAGCGACGGUGGAGCAUCCAGAACCAGAACCACUAGGUAAUGAUGAUGCAGGACACAGUUAGCGAUGGUGGAGCAUCCAGAACCAGAACCACUAGGUAAUGAUGAUGCAGGACACAGUUAGCGACAGUAGAGCAUCCAGAACCAGAACCACUGAGUAACAAUGAUGCAGGACACAGUUAGCGACAGUAGAGCAUCCAGAACGAGAUCCACUGAGUAGCGACGAUGUAGGACACAGUUAGCGACGGUAGAGCAUCCAGAACCAGAACCACUGAGUAACGACAAUGCAAGAGCAAUUAGCAACAGUGGAGCAUCUAGAACCAGAACCGCUGAGUAACGAUGAUGCAGGACACAGUUAGCGACGGUAGAGCAUCCAGAACCAGAACCACUGAGUAGCGACGAUGCAGGACACAGUUAGCGACAGUAGAGCAUCCAGAACCAGAACCACUAGCUAAUGAUGAUGCAGGACACAGUUAGCGACGGUGGAGCAUCCAGAACCAGAACCACUGAGUAACGACAAUGCAAGAGCAAUUAGCAACAGUGGAGCAUCUAGAACCAGAACCGCUGAGUAACGAUGAUGCAAGAGCAGUUAGCAACAGUGGAGCAUCAGAACCAGAACCAGAACCGCUGAGUAACGAUGAUGCAGGACACAGUUAGUGACAGUAGAGCAUCAGAACCAGAACCACUGAGUAGCGACGAUGUAGGACACAGUUAGCGACGGUGGAGCAUCCAGAACCAGAACCACUAGGUAAUGAUGAUGCAGGACACAGUUAGCGACGGUGGAGCAUCCAGAACCAGAACCACUAGGUAAUGAUGAUGCAGGACACAGUUAGCGACAGUAGAGCAUCCAGAACCAGAACCACUGAGUAACAAUGAUGCAGGACACAGUUAGCGACAGUAGAGCAUCCAGAACGAGAUCCACUGAGUAGCGACGAUGUAGGACACAGUUAGCGACGGUAGAGCAUCCAGAACCAGAACCACUGAGUAACGACAAUGCAAGAGCAAUUAGCAACAGUGGAGCAUCUAGAACCAGAACCGCUGAGUAACGAUGAUGCAGGACACAGUUAGCGACGGUAGAGCAUCCAGAACCAGAACCACUGAGUAGCGACGAUGCAGGACACAGUUAGCGACAGUAGAGCAUCCAGAACCAGAACCACUAGCUAAUGAUGAUGCAGGACACAGUUAGCGACGGUGGAGCAUCCAGAACCAGAACCACUAGGUAAUGAUGAUGCAGGACACAGUUAGCGACAGUAGAGCAUCCAGAACCAGAACCACUAGCUAAUGAUGAUGUAGGACACAGUUAGCGACGGUGGAGCAUCCAGAACCAGAACCACUAGGUAAUGAUGAUGCAGGACACAGUUAGCGACGGUGGAGCAUCCAGAACCAGAACCACUAGGUAAUGAUGAUGCAGGACACAGUUAGCGACGGUGGAGCAUCCAGAACCAGAACCACUAGGUAAUGAUGAUGCAGGACACAGUUAGCGACAGUAGAGCAUCCAGAACCAGAACCACUGAGUAACAAUGAUGCAGGACACAGUUAGCGACAGUAGAGCAUCCAGAACCAGAACCACUGAGUAGCGACAAUGUAGGACACAGUUAGCGACGGUAGAGCAUCCAGAACCAGAACCACUGAGUAACGACAAUGCAAGAGCAAUUAGCAACAGUGGAGCAUCUAGAACCAGAACCGCUGAGUAACGAUGAUGCAGGACACAGUUAGCGACGGUAGAGCAUCCAGAACCAGAACCACUGAGUAGCGACGAUGCAGGACACAGUUAGCGACAGUAGAGCAUCCAGAACCAGAACCACUAGCUAAUGAUGAUGCAGGACACAGUUAGCGACGGUGGAGCAUCCAGAACCAGAACCACUGAGUAACGACAAUGCAAGAGCAAUUAGCAACAGUGGAGCAUCUAGAACCAGAACCGCUGAGUAACGAUGAUGCAAGAGCAGUUAGCAACAGUGGAGCAUCUAGAACCAGAACCAGAACCGCUGAGUAAAGAUGAUGCAGGACACAGUUAGUGACAGUAGAGCAUCAGAACCAGAACCACUGAGUAGCGACGAUAUAGGACACAGUUAGCGACAGUGGAGCAUCCAGAACCAGAGCCACUGAGUAACAAUGAUGCAGGACACAGUUAGUGACAGUAGAGCAUCAGAACCAGAACCACUGAGUAGCGACGAUGUAGGACACAGUUAGCGACGGUGGAGCAUCCAGAACCAGAACCACUAGGUAAUGAUGAUGCAGGACACAGUUAGCGACGGUGGAGCAUCCAGACUCCCAGACAAGCAGUGACAACUGAAGCACAGAUGGACGCAGCCAAACGAUUCGAGUUUCCAUUCAUUUUAAAACCGCGAGCAUCUGAAGCCACUGCACAUGUUCUGUAUGAAUGGGUGUUGACUGGUGACGAGCUGCAUUCGUUAAGAUGGAACCCUUCCCCUCGCUAACAAAGAGGCCACUGAACUAAAGCACUUGUUACAAAGCACACUGUUGAAUACCAUGCACUGUAAGUAUUUUCAUGUACAGCGUUUUUUACGCAUCAAGAGAAUCAAAAAAUUAUGAUGAAAACAAAUCUUUUGUAGAGCAACAAGAAAAGAGGAAUCGCUGAGGAAGCCUUCCAACCGUUGUUUUAUGUACUGUAUGUGUGUGUGCUCCUCCAUACUCCCUAUGCAUUUCUGGGUCAAAGGUCAGUUUAAAGCCCAGUCUGGAAUUGUGACAGUGAAAUCCUUAAGAAAACUUCCCAUCCAGCUGUGCGACGUAGUGAAAUGCAGCCGAUUUGUGUAAAAAAGGCUGAACCUUUACGUAACACUGCAUAAAGAUUAUAAACGUUACUACACGGUUGUAGUUGGAGGAUUUGAGUCGUUUUUCACCCUGCAGCCGUUCAGCUCAUCAGAUGUGACAGCGUCUUACAUAAGCUGCCAUGCGUUACAUCAUCAGCUCAGCGAGGCUCUCAUGCGUUACGUCCCACAUCCCUCCUCCAAAGCGCCGCUGGAGCCUGAGGCUGCACCAGGUGCCGCUUCAGAGCCGCUCCCGGGGCUCUGGCUGCGCACAGCCUUCAUCGUCUUCCACAGCAGCACUCUGUUUCUGCUGCUUAUUUCACAUUAUCACAUUAUCGCCCUCUGUCCAGGAAAGACGUAUGAAACACCAGUACAGUGCGUUGAAUUAUUAAAUGGCCCAGGAACCUCAUGCUGUCGGUGUGAAGCCUGAGCGAAGAGCUGCGGACCCCCCUCUGCUCAGAAAACUCCAAGGACCCAGUCAUUAGCUGAUGAGCCAGAAAACGACGGCCUCGGUAAACGAACUAACCACGUGACGGUCAAAACGCGUGGAGACGUGGGAUUAGAGCUCGUUACGGUUCCAGGUUGGGCCAUUAAUAAUGUAUGCGUUGAUAUUGUGUAUUUUUUUCAGAUUGUGUAAAGUUCUAUUCUAUGUAAUAUAGUAUUUUUCUAUGACAGUAUUACUCUUCCAUAAACUGGGAAGAAAAAAACAAAACUGACAAAAGGGAAAAUAAAAUGUAUAACUUUGUCGUUGCUGUCGUCAUUUUAUUUACUUUAUUUUCUAUGAAACGAGUGUACUGUUAUACUUCUCUUUUCGAGAAGAACAUGAGAAAAGAACGACAAUAAAUGAAAUAAAUAAAACUAAGUCUCUGA